AUGCGAGAUAGAUUUUGUGGGGAAGAAGGCUGGGGUCCCUGGCAACCGUUAAAUGGCAAAUUCAAAUUCACAGACUGUUUUCGCGAAUUUGUUCUUGAAGCUGGCAUUCCAACUGCCUUUGCUUUUUUAAGUUUAUUAUACAUACUGGGACGUACCAUCAGUCAUAUGCGAAAAGUUAAAAGACACGGCUUUAGCUUGCUUAAUGGUGGAAAUACUACUUCAUACGGAACUAUAAGUCAACAAACGGAAGAUGAUGAAGCUGAUUCAAGUGACGAUGAGAGUUCCGAUGCUACAGACGAUGAUUCGGUGGAGCUUAAAGUGACCGUUUUUGACGCUCUUAGAUUAGUCUUUGCUAUCGGGAUGAUCGUUUUGUUUGUAGUUGAAACUACUUUGAAGUUACGCGAUACGAAUGAGAAUAAACGUGGUCUGUAUUGGGUGACGUGUUCUUGGAUGCAGAUAGCCGUAUGGACAUACGCCAGCGUGUUAGCGGCUGCUAAUCUGUUGUUUAAGGCGCGGAGCAACAUAUUACGGUUGCGAACAGUGCUCAAUCUGCUGUAUGGCAUCAAUUUUGCUGUGCUAAUAAUCGAACUGUCCUCGCUCUAUUACGAAUAUGGACAUGGGUUUAUGAAUAACCGUCUGUUGGAACCUAGAGAACAUUACGAGGAAUCUAGCGCGAAACCCGGUCAAGAGGAUAGCCAGUUGUCUCCAGAAGUUUAUGCUUCGAUUUACUCGCAGUUUAUGUUUUCUUGGGUCAAUCCACUAAUACGCAAAGGUUUCCGUUGCACAUUAACCGACAAAGAUGUUUAUAGAUUACCUAAAUUUGUGACUGCCGAAUAUGCCAGCAAAAUAUUUAACAAGAACUACAAACAUAGUAUCACAUGGUCUUUGCUCUAUACGUUUAGAAAAGAGCUAGCUAUUCAAUUUGUUUAUUCGAUUGUAUGGUCGAUUGUCUCCGUCUUUGCGCCACCAUAUUUUUUGCAAAAGAUACUUGUAUUUGUUCAAGAUUAUCCUAAUAACCAUGGUGAAACCACAGAAACAGCCUAUUGGUAUGCGGUUGGAUUACUGAUGGGAAAUAUCAUACCAAGUUUGGCCUUUCAGCAGGCCCUGUUCAUUGGACGGCAAUUGGGUAUUCGAAUUCAGGCAAUUCUAGUUGGAGAAAUUUACAAAAAAUCUUUAAGCAGACGCGAUACGUCUGGUAUUACUAAUGACGAAGAGUCGAAAAAUAAAACAGGAAAAAUCACGGAUUUGAUGUCUGUUGACGCCCAGAAAGUAUCAGAGAUGUCGGCAUACAUUUUUUACGUCUAUUGUUACCCUCUGCAAGUCGGUAUCUGUGCUUAUUUGCUAUACCAAUUACUUGGCAUAUCCGCCCUCGUCGGUCUCGUAACGUUUGUUGUUGCAUAUCCAAUGCUUGAUCUUAUCAAUAAACGUUUCCGGGAAAUACAAAUUCGUCUCAUGGCCGCCACUGACAAACGUAUGGGAGUCACUAAUGAGCUUCUUCAAGCCAUUAGAAUCAUCAAGUUUUUUGCUUGGGAAUCGCGAUUUAAGGAGAAAAUUACUGAUGCAAGAGAAACUGAAUUGAAACAUAAUCGCACUAGAUUCAUGCAAUGGAUUUACAUAGGAGGAGCAUGGGAAUUGCUUCCCAUAUUUCUAAUGCUUUCUGUAUUCUUUACAUAUACGAAAUUGCUUGGAAAUGACCUAACUGCACCAGUGGCGUUUACGGCUUUAGCACUAUUUAGCACUCUCCGACAUGCAUUCGAAGAAGCACCGUCAAUCAUAGUAACAUUUCUACAAGCCAAAGUAUCUUUGGGUCGUAUAGAAAAUUUCCUAGCGGAACAGGAUGUCAUUAAACAUCGUCAAAAGAAGACCAAGAUAGAUGAUACGCGUAUUGGAUUUGUCAAUGCAACGUUCCAGUGGCCUGAAGCUAAACCUUCAGGCGAACAGUCUACCACUCAGUCUGAAGAGGCUACGAACCAAUCUACCACUCAGUCUGAAGUGACUACGAACCAGCCCGAGGAACGCCAUAAAUUCGUAUUGCGUGACUUAAACUUUACAUUUCCACGUGGGCAAUUAAGCAUCAUUUGCGGUGCGACAGGAGCUGGGAAGACUAGCGUUUUAAUGGCUUUACUGGGUGAAAUGGAUUGUCUCGAAGGCGAAACUCUCUUGCCGCGUAAAAAUAUUCAAGUCGGUAGGGAGAACGGCGGUGCAUUAAGUGGAAUUGCAUAUGUUGCCCAGAAAGCUUGGAUUUUAAAUCUAAGUAUACGCGAGAAUAUCUUGUUCGGUCUCCCUUACGAUGAAGACAGGUACAAUAAAGUUAUCAGAGCGUGUGCAUUAGUCAGGGAUCUGGAAAUAUUUGAACAUGGUGAUAAAACCGAAGUCGGAGAGAAAGGAAUUACAGUGUCUGGUGGACAAAAACAACGUAUUGCGCUGGCUAGAGCAGUUUAUUCGCAAGCGGAAAUAAUAAUCAUGGAUGAUUGUUUGUCUGCUGUUGAUGCACACACGGCUAGACAUUUAUAUGACAAUUGUCUAACUGGUGAAUUAAUGGAGAAUCGUACGCGUAUUCUAGUCACGCACCAUGUUGGACUAUGUCUUCGGGGCGCAUCAUUUGUUGUAGCAAUGAAAGAUGGUCAGCUGGCAAAAUGCGGCACCCCCGAGGAAAUGCUAGCAUCCGGUAUUCUUAAUGAUGCAUCGUUCAAAGAUGACGAAGGUGCUUAUGCUGAAGCGGAUGAUAUCAAGAAGCCAGCUUUACCAUCAUCGAAUAAAGAUAGUAAGCUGAUGACUGAAGAGAAGAAAGCGGAAGGAAUUGUUGAAUGGGAGGUGUACAAGCUCUACUUUAUAGCAUCAGGGGGAUUGCUGUUAUGGGUGUUCUUGAUGUUUCUGUUUUUGAUAACUGAGGUGUUGCAAGUUGGACAAGAUUGGUGGAUUAAAGAAUGGACCAGAGCAUACGAUGACAUUCGAGACAAGAUACAUGUUUUCGUCUCAGCAACAUUAUCGCUAUUUUCCUUUGCUCCUCAAACUCACAUAGACUAUCUACCUCCUCAUUCACCUAACCAUGGUUACCGAUUUGCUGAAGAGAACAAAAUUAAUGACAGUUAUUACUUGAUUGUGUACGCACUCAUUGGUGUAGCAACAACAAUCUUAGCGACAGCAAGGUCAUAUACCAUGUUUUCAGGCGCAAUUAUAGCAUCUCGAAAACUGCAUACAGCACUUCUUGAUGAAGUGCUGAAUGCCAAAAUAAGAUUCUUCGACACAACACCUGUUGGGCGCAUCAUGAACAGAUUUUCGUCAGAUAUGGAAACUAUAGAUCGGAGUCUAUCCCCUAUUGCAAUGUCCUUAAUCUACGCUUGUAUUGCUACGUCUACAGUUAUAAUUAUCAUAUCUUGCAUAAUGCCCCAGUUCUUAAUAGCGGGAAUAUUCAUCGCCUGCUUAUAUAUCUUUAUUGGAGCUUAUUAUCUUGCAACCUCGCGUGACUUGAAGCGAAUUGAGUCAGUUACGCGCUCUCCAAUUUACACCCACUUUGGUGAGACCAUUUGUGGAGUUACCACAAUUAGAGCGUUUGGCGCCGAGAAACGAUUUUGCGCCGAAAAUCGUCUCAGAGUGGAUAAUAACAAUCGACCAUUCAUAUACAAUUGGGCAUGCAAUAGAUGGCUUCACACGAGAGUCGACAUUGCCGGUGCCUUAGUCAGUUUUUGUACGGCCAUCAUCGUCACGAUCCAACUGAGACACGGUAUGGAUCCCGGCCUGGCUGGAUUCGCUCUUAUUUACGCGCUGAAUUUUACAGGACAUGUUAUAUGGAUUCUUCGAUUGUAUGCUUUGCAAGAGAUGAACAUGAAUGCCGUGGAGAGGGUUAAGGAAUAUUUGGCACUUGACAGAGAACCAGCUAGAAUUGUCGAAGGACACAGACCUCCAGCUGGUUGGCCAAGAGGUGAAAUAAAAGUAGAGAAAUUAGUUGUGCAGUAUGCUUCGGAAGAUCCGAUCGUACUGAAAGAGGUGUCUUUUGAGGUUAAACAAGGAGAAAAAGUUGGUAUCGUAGGGAGGACUGGUUCCGGAAAGUCUACUCUUGCAGUUUCAUUCUUUAGAUUUAUGGAAGCAACAUCUGGACGCAUUACUAUCGAUGGGAUCGAUAUCGCUACUAUAGGACUGUAUGAUCUAAGAAGCCGAUUGACUCUUAUACCUCAAGAUCCUGUUCUUUUCAGUGGAACAAUAAGGAGUAAUUUGGACCCAUUCAACGAAUAUGAGAAUGCCGAACUCUGGAAUGCUCUCCGCCGUGCUCAUUUAAUAGACGCUAUUCCCACGGAUCCGUCAUCUUCUGUCAAUGAUGCACUCUCUCCUGAUUCGACGACGCCGGAUAACUCAUCCCGUUCACAGUUCAACAACCUUGAUGCUCCAGUCAGCGAAAAUGGAAGCAACUUUUCUCAAGGACAACAUCAGUUAAUCGCUCUCGCUAGAGCACUUGUUCGUCGAAGCAAAUUGAUCAUUAUGGAUGAAGCUACUGCGAGCGUUGAUUUUUCCACCGAUCGUAUGAUACAAACAACAAUACGUGAAGAAUUUAAAGAGUCAACCUUGUUAUGCAUCGCCCAUCGACUGAGAACUGUUAUAGAUUAUGACAAGAUCUUAGUUUUAGAUGCAGGAAAGGUGGUAGAGUUUGAUCAUCCGCACGUAUUACUGCAAAAGAGUGAUUCCCUCCUCCGUGCCAUGUGCGAAAGAAGUGGUGAAUCCACCGAAUUACAAGAACUUGCAAGAAAGAAGUUCGAACAAGAUAACAAAAAGAACUGA